UUGCACUGCAGUUCAUAAGACGCAAUCCAGAACCCUUUCCGUAUCUUUUACCUCACCAUCCUUUCUGUUUCUCUCUCCUAUAAACCCCCAACUCACUUUCUCUCUCCUCUGUUUCUGCAACAAUGGGUGCUUCUCUUCCACCCAAGGAGGCCAACCUCUUCAAGCUUAUUGUUAAAUCCUAUGAAACCAAACAAUACAAAAAGGGCCUCAAAGCUGCUGAUGCUAUUUUGAAAAAAUUUCCAGAUCACGGAGAAACUUUAUCGAUGAAGGGUUUGACAUUAAAUUGCAUGGAUCGUAAGUCUGAAGCAUAUGAAUUGGUUCGCCAAGGACUUAAGAAUGACCUUAAAAGUCAUGUUUGCUGGCAUGUUUAUGGUCUCCUUUAUCGGUCAGACAGAGAAUAUAGGGAAGCAAUCAAGUGCUAUCGAAAUGCAAUGAAAAUAGAUUCUGACAAUAUUGAAAUCUUACGUGACCUAUCACUUUUACAGGCUCAAAUGCGAGAUUUAACUGGCUUUGUUGAGACAAGACAACAACUUCUGACUCUCAAGUCAAAUCAUCGCAUGAACUGGAUUGGCUUUGCUGUUGCACAUCAUUUGAACUCUAAUGCAUCGAAGGCUAUUGAAAUUCUGGAAGCAUAUGAAGGAACAUUAGAAGAUGAUUAUCCUCCAGAAAAUGAACGGUGUGAGCAUGGUGAAAUGCUUCUAUACAAGAUCUCUUUGUUAGAGGAAUGCGGAUUUUUUGAGAGAGCACUUGAGGAGUUGCACAAGAAAGAAUUGAAAAUUGUUGAUAAGCUUGAAUAUAAAGAACAAGAGGUUUCACUUUUAGUGAAGCUUGGUCGCUUAGAAGAAGGCGAGAAAUUGUACCAGGGAUUACUGUCCAUGAAUCCUGACAAUUAUAGAUAUUACGAAGGCCUCCAAAAAUGUGUUGGAUUAUAUUCAGAAAAUGGCGAUUUUUCUCCUGAUGAAAUAGAUCGAUUAGACGCCUUAUAUAAAUCACUUGGGCAGCAAUUCAAGUGGUCUUCUGCUGUUAAGAGAAUACCACUAGAUUUUCUACAAGGUGACAGAUUUCGAGAAGCAGCAGAUAGUUAUAUUAGGCCUCUCCUAACUAAGGGAGUUCCAUCUCUAUUCUCUGAUCUUUCUUCUUUAUACAAUCAACCUGGGAAGGCAGACAUUUUGGAACAACUCAUUCUUGAGUUAGAGAAUUCAAUUAGGACAACUGGUCAAUACCCUGGGAGAGUUGAAAAAGAGCCCCCUUCAACUCUUUUGUGGACUUUGUUCUUGUUGGCUCAGCAUUAUGAUAGGCGGGGACAAUAUGAAAUUUCUCUUUCUAAAAUCAAUGAGGCUAUAGAACACACACCUACCGUCAUUGAUCUAUAUUCUGUCAAGAGUCGGAUACUGAAGCAUGCUGGUGAUUUGGCUGCUGCUGCUGCAUUUGCAGAAGAAGCUAGGUGCAUGGAUCUUGCUGAUCGUUAUGUUAAUAGUGAAUGCGUUAAGCGCAUGCUGCAGGCUGAUCAGGUGGCUUUGGCAGAAAAAACUGCUGUGUUGUUCACAAAAGAUGGGGAUCAACACAACAACCUCCAUGACAUGCAGUGCAUGUGGUAUGAGCUUGCCUCUGCUGAAAGCUAUUUCCGUCAAGGCGAUCUUGGACUGGCUCUCAAAAAAUUUUUAGCAGUGGAGAAGCACUAUGCUGAUAUUACUGAAGACCAAUUUGAUUUUCAUUCAUACUGCUUAAGGAAAAUGACAUUGCGUACGUAUGUGGAAAUGCUUAAAUUUCAAGACCGAUUGCAUUCGCAUUCAUAUUUUCAUAAAGCAGCUGCUGGAGCUAUCAGGUGUUAUAUAAAAUUGCAUGAUUCUCCUCCUAAGUCAACGGCUGAGGAAGAUAAUGAUACAUCUAAGUUGCUUCCUUCUCAGAAAAAGAAAAUGAGGCAAAAACAGAGAAAGGCAGAAGCAAGAGCUAAGAAAGAGACAGAAGAAAAAAAUGAAGAAUCAAGUGCCAGUAGUAUAUCAAAGUCUGGGAAACGGCAUGCGAAACCUAUUGAUCCAGAUCCACGUGGGGAAAAGUUAUCACAGGUUGAAGAUCCAUUGUUGGAAGCCACAAAAUACCUGAAGUUGCUGCAGAAGAAUUCACCUGAUUCAUUGGAGACACACUUUCUCUCUUUUGAAUUAUACAUGAGAAAACAGAAGAUUUUGCUUGCCUUCCAGGCUGUAAAGCAGUUGCUGAGGUUGGAUGCUGAACACCCUGAUUCUCAUUGUUGCUUGAUUAAGUUCUUCCAUAAAGUGGGAUACAUGAAUGCUCCUGUGACUGACAGCGACAAACUCAUUUGGAGUGUCUUAGAAGCUGAGCGCCAAACUAUUAGUUGGCUGCAUGGGAAAUCUCUGUUUGAGGCAAAUAACUCUUUCCUUGAAAAGCAUAAAGAUUCUCUGAUGCAUAGAGCUGCUUCUGGAGAAAUCUUGUAUAUCUUGGAUUCUGACAGAAGGUCUGAGGCUGUCAAGUUGAUUGAAGAGUCAUCAAAUAACCCUGUGCCAAGAAACGGAGCACUCGGACCAAUCAGGGAAUGGAAACUUGAAGAUUGUAUUGCAGUUCAUAAACUUCUUGGAACAGUCCUUGUUGAUCAGGAUGCUGCAUUGAGAUGGAAAGUGCGAUGUGCUGAGUUUUUCCCCUACUCUACAUACUUUGAGGGCUGUCACAGCUCUGCCUCUCCCAACACCAUUCUCAACCAGAGAUGCAAGAGCACUGAAAAUGGGAUUUCUACCCAUUCGGCGGGCGAUCACGAUGUGGAAUGCGUCACGUCAAAUGGGAAACUAGAGGCAUUUAAAGAUCUCACCAUCUGAUGAAGUUCAACACGGGCUAAAAAGGAUUCGUAAGUUAACCCAGUUUGGAUUAUUGGUAAACCAAGCUGCAUUUGAACACAACUAGGUUACAGUUCCCAGCAAGGCUCAUCCCUAGUUUUGGUGCGGGUUAUGUCGAAUUUGGACACAACCCACGGAUGUAUUUUCUUUGCACGAGUUCUCCCUCCAAACUGAUUUGUAUCCUUUUUGCAAAUGUGUAUAACUUUACCUCAAAUAUGUUUCUAGGGUUGAAUUUUUUAAUUGUUCACCCCUUUUUCCGGAGAUAUGUUAGAGUAGGCUCCAUGGAUUUGCGUCAUUGUCCAAGGUUACCGUUUAGGUCGCAGGAGAGCUUCCGAAAUUUUAAGCUUCUGGUCCUGCAUGUGGCCAGCAUAUUUAUACAGAGAGCAUGUUGUACUUUUCAUGUUUGUUGGCUUAUUUACAUGUAUAAACAUAAAAUUAUGAAAAUUUUGCUUCAGAAU